AAAAAAAACAACACAACUAAAAAUUAAUAAAUACAAUUACAAAAGAAAAACGCAGGCGUAUUAAUACAAAACAAUUAAACGGAAAUAAAUAAAAAGGACCUCUAAGGAUAAAAUUAAAACUUUAGCUCAACACUUGUUAUUGAAAGCAACACUAAAGAACUUAACACAGAAUAAUAAUAUUUUAUAACAAAUUUUACAAUAACAAAAUAAACUAAAUCAAAAGAAAAAACCACAAAAAUAAUAAGCAAUUAACUUACAUACAACAACAACAAUAAUAACAAUUAAUAAAAAUUAAUUAAUUAUUCUUUUGUUGAGCCAGAAAAGUUUUAUGAGUAAUAGCGCCAUGGUUGCCGUAGCUAUUUGUUGUAUUCUUGUGCUUUUAGCCGUCUUCAUUGUCAUCAUCAUAGUUGUGGGCCAAACAAUGGGUGAACCAAAGUGAGAUAAACUUCAGCUGGGACCCGGUAAUUUCCCAGAUGGAUAACAAAGGCCUACCAAUUGUUAGUACAUCCUUAAAAUCAUCCCAAUCCAAGAAUAACAAUUAAAUUGAACAUUUUCAUUAGGAACAACAAACAAACAAACAAAAAAAAGUGCAACAACCAAUUAGUGGCUAAUAAUUCAUGAUAAAAAAAAUCUGGCAAAAGAAAAAUUUAACAUUUUAGUAAUCAAGUGAAUUUAAACUUUACAACAAC